CGUGUAUUUUUCCGGUCCUUGUCCUCUCUCUCUAGCUCUGCAUACUUUUCUCAGCUCGAGUUGGACGGCGAAGAAUCGCGCACGGUUUUACACAAGUGCCGAUAAAAAUUCAAAGAUGCUGGGAUCACUGAAAAUUGUAUUAUUAUUAGGUGUAAUUUAUUUAUGUAGAGCCGCCGAAGAAGAUGUGUUGGAGCUUACAGAUUCCGACUUUUCGUCGGUGUUAGCUCAACAUGACACUGCCCUGGUCAUGUUUUACGCACCAUGGUGCGGUCAUUGUAAGAGAUUGAAGCCUGAGUACGCGGUUGCGGCCGGCGUGCUAAAGAACGAUGACCCCCCUGUCGCGCUGGCGAAGGUGGAUUGUACCGAGGGCGGCAAGAGCACUUGCGAGCAGUUCUCGGUGUCCGGAUACCCUACGCUGAAGAUCUUCAGAAAGGGAGAGGUCUCACAGGAGUACAAUGGCCCCAGGGAGUCAAACGGUAUCGUCAAAUACAUGCGCGCUCAAGUCGGGCCCAGCUCCAAGGAACUCAAGACUGUUGCUGACUAUGAAGCAUUCCUGAACAAGGAGGAAGUGGUCGUCAUUGGAUUCUUCGAGAAGGAGACUGACCUCAAGGGUGACUUCCUCAAGACUGCUGACAAGAUGCGUGAAGAGGUCACAUUCGGUCACUCCUCUGCCAAGGACGUGCUUGAGAAGGCUGGAUACAAGAACGACGUGGUAUUGUUCCGUCCCAAACGCCUGCAGAACAAGUUCGAAGACUCGUCCGUUGUGCACAGCGGAGACACCGAGAAGUACUCGCUCAAGGCUUUCAUCAAGGAGAACUUCCACGGUCUGGUGGGUAUCCGUCAGAAGGACAACAUCCGUGACUUCACCGACCCCCUGGUGGUCGCGUACUACGAUGUCGACUACAUCAAGAACCCUAAGGGCACCAACUACUGGAGGAACCGUGUGCUCAAGGUCGCCAAAGAACUGUCUGAGGUUAACUUCGCAGUGAGUGACAAGGACGAUUUCACCCACGAGCUUAACGAGUACGGCAUUGAUUACGCUAAGGGUGACAAACCAGUGGUAGCCGGACGUGAUGCUGAUGGCAACAAGUUCGUCAUGUCUACUGAGUUCAGCAUUGAGAACCUGUCGGCCUUCACAAAGGACUUGCUUGACGGCAAACUGGAACCAUUCGUCAAGUCUGAAGCCGUUCCUGAGAGCAACGAUGGCCCGGUCAAGGUUGCUGUGGGCAAGAACUUCAAGGAACUGGUGACUGAUAGUGGAAAGGAUGCUCUGAUUGAGUUCUAUGCUCCCUGGUGUGGACAUUGCCAGAAACUUGCUCCCGUGUGGGAGGAACUUGGUGAUAAGCUGAAGAACGAGGCCGUAGACAUCGUGAAGAUCGACGCGACCGCCAACGACUGGCCCAAGUCACAGUACGACGUGUCCGGCUUCCCCACCAUCUACUGGAAACCCGCUGACAACACCAAGAAACCUGUCAGAUACAAUGGUGGCCGCGCUCUCGAAGACUUCGUGAAGUACGUCGCGGAACAGGCUUCCAGCGAGCUGCAGGGCUGGGACAGAAAGGGCAAGCCCAAGAAGGAAGAGCUCUAAACAGUUGUGAUGUAAAACUUUCCAUGAAAGAUCUGUGUGCGAGUGGAGCGUGAAUGUGUGAGUGACCGUUCAACCACUGACAUGUCAACUUGUCAUAUCCACCCAGUUGUCAACAAUCAUCCAAGUUAGACGUGUUGGUUUUAUAAAUCUAUUUUAGAUUGAUCUAAAUACAGUAAUUUUGAAUGCAUUUCUUUAUAUAGUGUCGGUGGAAUUAACAAAUAAAUUAGGUUGUAUUUAUAA